AAAUGCGCCGUUUGUUACACCCCGGCGGCGUGGGCGGUUCUUAAAGGGCCAGAGACCUGGGGCCUUGGGUACCCCUUUUACUUUUCUCGGCUCUGCUGGGAACGCGGGGAUGAUCGCAGCUGCUUGGGAGCGUAGAGGAAAACAAAGAAGCAACCGGAAACAGCCGCGGCAGCUGUGGGGGGCGCGGGCACAGGGCCCAGAGCGGGCGCCCACGAGCAGCAACAAGAAAGGGUUAUUCAGACUGCAGUUGCACCCAGAGGAACGGAGCAGUUUUGCAGUGCUGGAUUCCAUCAUUCUAGUAGGAGCUGAGCUGUGCGCAUACUGGGCAGAUGUACACUAAGCACCCUGCAAAUAAGCUACGGUUCACAAGAGCUGGUGUGCAUUUGUGUUUGGCGCCUGAGAUCCAGCCUCACCUUUUGUCUUUCCAACAUCCCCAAUGCGACCAUGGGAACUCGCAGUGAAUAGGUGGCCUCCUUCUGACCCCUUUGACCAGCGUCGAUUCCCAGGGGGAAGUUGUGGCAGCCCCGCACACCUCAGGAGAAGCCCUCCUACCCGGCACCACUGGGGCCGACGUGAGCGACCUCUGCAAACUCUCCUAGCCCAGGAUGCGAACUACUUGCACCCGGCUUUUUUCCAGCAGCAGCAGCCACUGCCACAAGUCCCCGUAGAUGAGCACUCGGCGUACGUUCUGGCCACCACGCCACCACGAAUGCUUCACCCGGCUGCACACCCACCCCACCAGCAUCCAUUCAUGGUGGAUCUCCAUGAGCAGGUGCAUCAGGGAGCGGUCCCUCUCUCCUACACGGUGACCACCGUAACAACGCAAGGCUUCCCCAUUCACACUGGCCAGCACAUCCCUGGUUGCAGCGCACAGCAGCUCCCAGCAUGCUCAGUGAUGUUCAGCGGACAGCAUUACCCACUCUGCUGCCUCCCACCCCCCCUGAUCCAGGCCUGUGCCAUGCAACAGCUCCCUGUCUCCUACCAAACAUUCCCGCCGCUCAUUUCCAGCGAUCAUUACAUCCUGCACCCUCCACCGCCUGUGCCACCACACCAGCCUCCACAUAUGGCUCCCCUCAGCCAAUUUGUUCCGCUCCAACCCCAGCAUCCUCGCAUGCCUCUGCAAAGGAUAGAAAAUGAGGUGGAGCUUCGAGGGGAACAGCAUUCCAUCGGAGGGUUCUCGUACUCUCCUUCCCACCAUACUCCCGCACUGUCUCCCUCUGUGCCACUGCAUUACCUUCCGCAGACCCAUGAUCCACUACACCAGGAACUGUCCUUUGGCAUGCCAUAUCCGCACAUGAUGCCCCGGCGACUGAAUACCCAGCGAUACAGAUUGCAGCAGCCGCUGCCACCCCCACCCCCCCCCCCCCCCCCCUACUACCCCAGGUUCCUGCCCUACUUCCUUUCAAUGCUUCCUGUGUCACCAACAGCUGUGGGGCCCACAAUAAGUUUGGACCUGGAUGUGGAUGAUGUAGAAAUGGAGAACUAUGAGGCAUUACUGAAUCUGGCUGAGAGGCUAGGAGAAGCCAAGCCACGGGGACUCACCAAAGCAGACAUAGAGCACCUUCCAUCCUACCGCUUCAACCCAGAGAGCCAUCAGUCAGAGCAAACCUUGCAAACCGCACGUGCCCCAUCUGCCGAGCAGAUGCCUCAGAAGUGCACCGGGAAGCCGAGUGAGGCUCGCCGACACACUGCUGCACAAAUCCACUCCAGGAAAUGGACCUUGGGCCAGGGGCUUGGGCCAGCCUGUCCGCUUAGCCUCUGGGGCCGCUCCUGGGAAGUGGGGGAGGCGUCCCGCGUGCUCCGCACUCCAAAGACUCUCAUCCGUGGCGCCAUUACUCUCCAGGUGUUUGCAUUCCUUUUUCGUUGGGGUUUUCCUGAGCCGUUCGGUUUUGGUUCUGUGGACGUCUGACCCUGAUUUUAGUCUGAACUCCUCUCCUUCUGGCGGUGCCAGAUGAGGGCCCUUCAAUGCAGAGCAGCUCGGAGGUGGGGGACAGGUGAGGAAGCGCCUGCUUCCGUCGCCCCGCCAGCCACUUCCCCAGAGCACAGUGCUGCAUGGCAGGCAAAGCAGCGGCAGGGCGGGGGUCUGGUCGCGGUGCCGGUGCGAGCGGCCUGGGCGAGGCCACGCCCCACACCGCAGUGGCUGCCCCCACACAGGUCAUGGGCUGGUGCCAUCGCCUGGGUUUUCCCUGUUCUGUCUGUCUGUCUGUCUGUCUCUCACACGCAUCCCCCGACGUCGCAUCCCCCCAUCAUGCCCCCCCCAUGGAGACACUGAGUAGUGUCUCGGUUGCUGCUCUCACAAGUUGCUGGGGGAUGGAGGGGGGGCAGGUCUGGACCAGGCUCCAGCAGCCUCUCCUCCACUCUGCUGGUCAUUGCUGGGAGGGCUCCGUGGGGGAAGAGUCACUUGCCCCCAGAGAAGGGGUGGUGCAAGUCAGGUCCCGUGACAAAGCAGCCAGCUGCUGGCUGCAUGCAGGAGGGGGCCGAGCCUGUUUUUAGUAAGGGGCUGAGAAUCAUGUUCACGCUGAUGCCUCUUCCUUCCUCUUGCCUUCCCUUUGCGCACACCCAAUCACCAAUCCUGUCGCUUCAGUUGGGUGCCUCGUGCGUCGCCAUGAACCCCACUCCCCCAAAAUCAUGUUUGUGCCACGGGCUUUAACCUGCUCCCGGGAGGGCGCCUGUGCCGAUUUGCGCUCUCUUGUUCCUGCCCAGGACAGGCGGAAGCUCGGCAGACAGAAGCAGAAGGCCUUCAGCCCUUCCACUGUAAUUCCCACCCGCUCCUCCAUGCCAAGCCCAGGCUAAGCCCCUGAAAGCUGUCGGCCGGCUGUGUGGCUGCCCAAGCAGGAGCCUGGGCAGGGAGCAGGUGGGGAGCUAUUUAUUAACUUUAUUGCCUACCCUUGCACUAGCUAUCACGGGAAAAGCCCCUCUGGUGGUCCUUCCUCCAGCCAGGUGCUGUAUGCAGUGGUGCACCGCCUCUUUCCCUUCGGAUGCAAUCAGGCAGGCGGUGUUGCUGCCUUCUUGCCCGCCCGCCCAUCCAUCUGCCCGCCCACCUUUCUCAGCCUGCCCCCAGCCCAGUUUGGCCUACUACUGCUACCGCCCCCCCCAGUGGGAUUUUCUGCAUGGCCUGAUGCUUGUGCUCUAGGUCAGGUACCUUGGGUGUGUUUUGCCAUGACAAGCAUACACUUCAGUUGUGUGCCUUCCUGUGUCUGCACACAUACACUAUCCUACCUAAAAUACCUGCUGGUUUAAAGCAAGAAAGCAACCAACCUGCCACCCUGUUACAGAAACCUGUUGUCGUUAAAAUAAAAGUUGUUUUGCAUGAUUAUACCGUGGAUCAAGAGAGAAGCCCUCGCCGUGUAGUUGGUUUGUGUUCUGAAGCCUGGCAGAAGACUCGGAGAGGACGACAAAACCUAAUGUAAAUGUUCACAAAUUAUGCAUGCAUGUUAUGACCAGCUUGGAACUUGGUAUUGGCUAACUCUCUAGCCAGCUGUGGGGUGAUGGGGGGUGGGGAAGAGGGAGUUGUUUGUGCUCAGCUGAUUACUGCCAUGCACUGUACUGCACAUGUCCGCAACGCCUCACAAGGACCGUUAACGCUUUUCGGGGCAUUUCUCUUUCCCCUCCCUCCCCUCCAAAUUAGAGAUUGAGUUGAAACCUGGCUGGGCCUAGAGGAGGCUGUGCAGCCCUGCUGGACUUAGCCUGGGGUCAGGUUGCCUGGGUUCCUGAGCAGUGAGCGGCUGUUGCGGAGGAGGGAUCGGGCAGGGGCAGCUUCUCCAUCAUGGUGCUGCAGAGGUCGGGGAAGCUGCCCCGUCAUUCUGCUGUCUCCUGCACCCCUUCCCUCUCUGCACACUGCUGCUCGCCUGAGAGGGCCUCGUACAUCGGCCAGUGACCCUGCAGGGCAAGUCUGGGAGCGUGGCUCUCGCGCAGAAAUGGGUCUCCACCAUCCGUAAGGUGGACCCCUGCUUUUCUUCGGCCUGCCCUGUAUCUUCUGCUGCCCAGCCAAGCGAGAGACUCCUGCACCUGCCUGCCUGGGUCUGGCUUUCACUCUCCCCUUCCGAGGGGGGUCAGCAGAUGAGAGCGAUGGCUGCGGAAGAGUCCAAGGCUGAGCUGUGAUUUCCUUGCCUACCAGCAGCAGCAGCAGCAGGACCCAGGCCUGUCCAGACAGAUGGGCUCUUUUCGUUCUGCCCCCGCACCUAAUGGCUCUAGAACGAGUGAGUUGAGCGAGUUGGUGGCUUGAGCCCCGUGGUCCACUUGCUGGCUCUCAGGCAGCUGUGGCUGAGAUGAAGGGCCAGGUGAACACACAAGGAGUAGAGCAGGUAGGUGGGUGUGCCCCACUCAUCCUGAUUGGGCUGGAACAACCCGGAGGAGAGGGCUUGUAAGGAAAAGCUGGCUUCCGCUGUGGCUCAUUUCUUGGGGCUGUUCUGAGCUGCCAUGGCGGCACAGCUGCUCUCGACUCUGAGCAUGUGCGGUGUAGCUGUCAGUGUUUUUCUGAGCACACUGGCUCUCUGCAAUACUUACCUCUGAAGCAGGGGGAAGUCUCGGGGGGGGGGCGGUGUCGGGGGCUUUCAGGUCAUUUUCCACUGGUACUCCCGGCCACGUGUGGCAGAGGUGAGAAGCGAUUCCCCUCGGCCCCAGACCAUGGCUGGGACUCCUGACCCAUUCUGUGGUUUGGAUGUCCUCGGAGUGCCCAUAUAGGUAGGCUUUGAGUACCUUUUUUGGCCUCUUCAGUCACAGCCCAGGAUCGAGAUGGACUUUAGCCCCCCGUGUCUGCAGAUAGCUCAGUGACACAAUUUGGCAGGCAAAUAGGACCGAGCAAGGUCGGUCAUACUGCAGUGGACUGGCUGUCUCUGUUUGACAGAAGCAGCCGGUCGGCCGGCAGAUGAGGAAAUGAGAAACUAACCUCUUGAACUCUGGGCAGGCCCCAGCUUGCUUUCUUUUUCUUUCUUUAAUAACAAUACAUUAAUCAGUGACCUGAAUUUGUGAUGGCGUUAGUAUUUUAAGGGGUUUCUCCCCACACACCUUAUUUGUGUUCAGGCUGAUGCAAGUUACGGUGCAGUCAUUUGGAGGAGGUCGACCAUUUGCCUCUUCCUCUCCACCCCGGUCUCAGAGGGGCAGGAGGGCUGCAGGGGGACACCUAAGCCAGGUCUUGGCCCAUGCGCUCGUGCAUGUGCGCGCACACAGAGGAAUGGGCCGUUGCCAUAGCAAAACUGCACAGACACCAGCAGCUCCUCCUUUCCAGUCCUUCCGUGCCCAGUCGACUCUCCUCUCCCCUCACAUGUCAAGCCAGUGCCUUGUGUCAGACCCACCUCCUCCCCCCCCGGCCCUUCCCCUUGUUUCACCGCUUUUAAAGGAAAAACACAACAGAAGCAAAACCUUAUUCCACAAAUAACCAAAGGUCUUUACUGUAUAUAUAUAUUUAAAAGAAUACCACAGGAGGUGUUUCUAUAUUUAUAGCCAAUCAGAACAGUGCUGAUGCCCAUCCGUUUUCAGUGCUCUCUUCUCCUUCCCCGCCAUCUUCUCAGAAAGGUUAUUUGGGGGAGGGGAGGGUAGAAAAGCCUUACGGUUCUUCUGAUGGUGACUCGAAAGCUCACAGCUCGUGUGCUGCAGAAUUUAUUCCAAUGAGCAGCUAAAAUUAUUAUCAUUAAACAAAACAAAAAAACCACAAAAAAAUUACUAAAACAUUUAUUUAGGAUGUUUGUGAUUGCUGAUUGCGCUGUAGAUGCCACUGUUUACCAAUGAUUUCCUGUGGUGGGAUAGUGGACAGUUUACUGUUCUUUUAUACCAGUCCCGUGCCCUCCAGAGGGACCGCUCAGCUUCACCCUACAAGGAGAGGAGCCUCCCUGUAGGGCACCAGGGCAUUUGUUCUGUGUUAGAAAGUUUAUAUAUAUAUAUAUUAUAUAUAUAUUAUAAAUAUAUAUAUAUAAUUUUUUUUGCUCUGUUACUUGCACAUUUACAGUUACCUCAUUUUUCCCAUGUAUGUAUUUGAAAAAAGGCUAAUAUAUAGAGAAGAAAAAAAAAGGUUCUUAAAUCUCUAAAAAAGUGUUUGUUUUUUCCAUUCCAUUGGAAUCAUAUUGGUUUGUAGCACUUAACAUAACUAGUAUGUUGUAUUAUAUAUAUGUGUAUUAUACUGAUUGAAAUUUUUAACAGAUUUGUACUUUUUUUAAAAUGAAAGUUGCUAGUUCUGCUUGACCAAGUAGUGCAAUCAUUAUUUUUUUUAAUGUUGUGGCUGAUUUUGAGAGGGAUAUUCACUAAUAAAUGUAUGAUGUAUACCAAUAAGGUAGGCCAGUCUCUUCUCUUGGUGGAGGCAGUGCUCUCAGGAAGGUAAUAUAUAUAUAUACAUACACAUAUAUAUAUAUAUAUUGGAUGUAUUCUGUCCCUCCUCCAAGGUGCUAAAAAUGGCUUUCUGGUUCUUUGUGACUCUGACUUAGCCAGGUAUAGGUAGAGAACAAACAUCAUAAAGCUGAACAAGGAUUUCACUUGAAACUUCCCACAUCCAAAUGUGCCAUGACAGCACAGUGGCUCACAAGAUUAUUAGUACUCGCAGUCAUAAGGACUAUAAAGAAAAAGCUCUAAAAGUUAACUCGCUCCAUGCUGUCAUUUGGCGUCACAUAAAAACACCAGAAAAGAAGCUAGUGUCUUCCAUCACAGUGAAAUUAGAAUGUCUAAAAAUUAAACCAGUGUCCUAUACAUUGAGGCAGUGGAUAGCUUUUGGCAGUCCCAUGAGCCACUCCAUGUUGACCUGUGAGUGGCGAGCAUGACAAUGCCACUCGUGGCUUCCAAGAACAGCCCUGCCUGUUGGUUUUCCCUCUUGCCGUUUGUUGGUUCCUGCAACUCCUAUGGUAGAAGAAGAAAGUACAAGCUGAGAUGUGGAAUUCAUUAAGAGUCUAUUUUGAGUCUUUUUCAACUAUAACCUGCUAGCUGAAGCAACGCUCUCCAGCAGCGAACUGAAUAUUUGUGUUUUGAGCUGCAGCUAGAGCACAGAUUUGUUUGUGAGAGGUCACUGGGCCACUGAAUAUCAGAACAGGAUUUUGUAAAGCAAAAUGCUUGGCUUUAGCCUAAGGGAAUACCUGGCCCAGCAUUUUUUUUACAUGUUUGGACAAAUUCAGAGAGGAUAGAUCUACAGAGGCUCUUCGGCACCUCCAGAUGUGGAGAAAUGGUUGCCUUUAUGUCUUGUGAUGGAUGCUUCUGCAGGUUUCAGGCUUAGCCACUGUGGGGAACAGGAUGCUGAAUAAGGAGUCCCUUCAUUUGGGUCUUGCAAGCCUCUUCUUUUUCGGAAACAUGUAUUUUAAAAUAAAGUUUUAAAAGGCAACAACGAAAAUGCAGAUAAUCUAACAUGACUGCUAAAGAAACUCACAAAUGCUAAUUCUUCAGCUACCACCACCAAUGCUUGUGGAGACAGUAAAACAGCCUAUGUGGAAGCUCUCUGGUGAAAGAAGGAAAAUACAAAUUAUAUAGCAUAUAUAAGGGCUAUAUGUAUUAAAAUGUAGACAACUUGAAAUGUUGAUGUUUGAACGCCUUUCUCAUAGGUAAUAGAACCAUGGUGCCAUACUAUCUUCCUUCAGAUUAGGAAUUGUUGCAUAUUGCAUUCGCUCUUACAAUCUGCCAUUAUUUGUACAAUGAGAAGUGGUGCAGCCCACUCUGCAAUCUGUAAUCAUUUCUUGGGCUUCCAGGCAUACUGUGUGGAUGACUGGUUGGUGGGUCUCAGAGCACUGGGGGCCAUGCUUCCCCUGGACUGGAAGUUAUUUUUCUGUAAAGGUGACUGGGACCUGUGAACCCUGCUAUAUUUCAGCAAUAGAUGAACUUGACUUCUGGAGAUGGGAUUCUCCCCUGCCCCGUUAGCAAACUGCUGUAUUGUACUACAAUAAACAUACAUCUUGGUUACAACAACAGAAACAAAUUA